UCUGCUGGCCUGUGCUUAUAGUCUUAUUACACUGCAAGUUUUAGAGACUUUGCAGUGUAACCUCUGCAGAAAAAUAAUAAUAAUCAUAUUAAUACAAUGUAUGAAUAUGAGGCCUUGCUGUGUGACUGUACGGGCUGAUCCGGUAUGCCUGGCCUGCUGCUCUGUCAUCCGUUUCCCGGGGCAUUAGGUACACACAGGUUUGCUUACAACCUGCAGCACUGUGUGACCCGGGACACCCACCCUGCGCCCUCCCCGGCAGCUCCCCGUCCCUCCCCCGGGUGUUGCUGCAGUGGCUGCUCUGGGCGGGUCUGCUCCUGACGUCGCUUCCUUCCAACAUGGCGGGCGGAGCCGAGCUUUCCUGAGCCGCUGAGCAGCCGUCACAGCAGCCGCAGCGACCUCACGUUCCCCGGGAGCCAGCGCCAGACACACAGCCCCUUUGCUGGUGACAGCUGUCGCCCGGGCUGGGAUGGGGCGGCCUUCAGCAGGAACUGUCGGGAUAUAACGCCGGGACUGGGAGAUCGCAGCCUGGGGAGAAGGAUCGCACCCUGCGAUAAUAACAGCAGCAGCAACAACAACAACAACAUGUUCCUGACCAGAGCCCUGGAGAAGAUCCUGAGCGACAAGGAGGUGAAGAGAGCCCAUCACAGCCAGCUGCGCAAAGCCUGCGAGGUGGCGCUAGAGGAAAUAAAAUGCGAAACAGAUAAACAAAAUCCUCCCCAAGGAGAAGCGAAGGCUGGUUCUAGCACCCUUCCGCCCGUGAAAUCAAAAGCCACUUUUAUUGAAGCCGACAAGUACUUUUUACCGUUUGAUCUUGCAUGCCAGUCCAAAUGCCCCCGGAUUGUUAGCACAUCUCUGGACUGUUUGCAGAAACUUAUUGCAUAUGGACACCUGACCGGCAACGCACCUGACAGCACAACACCUGGCAAGAAGCUAAUUGAUAGGAUAAUUGAAACUAUAUGUGGCUGCUUCCAAGGACCUCAAACAGAUGAAGAUGUUCAAUUACAAAUCAUUAAGGCUCUGCUUACUGCAGUCACUUCACAACAUAUAGAAAUUCACGAAGGAACAGUACUACAAGCUGUCAGAACAUGUUACAAUAUCUACUUAGCCAGCAAAAACCUUGUCAAUCAGACCACAGCCAAGGCUACCCUGACACAGAUGCUCAAUGUGAUAUUUGCACGUAUGGAAAACCAGGCGCUCCAAGAAGCCAAACACAUGGAGAAGGAACGGCACAAGCAGCAGCAACACUUACAGCACUCUCCUCUAAGCCACCACGAGCUGGAAUUACCUCAGAUGGGACACAUUCUGGAGCAGCCUGACCAGCUGGCUCGGGAACAAGAAGGAGAGCUGGAUCGGCAUCCGAAAUCCAUAGAAAACUCUGUACAAGAAGAAGCAGACCAGCAGAAUGGAUAUGAUGCUCAUAGUACGGAGAAUGAGAAUCCUGAGGCGAACCAGUCCGCUGAUGCUCAAAAUCACUCCAAAUCUGAUUUAGGGAAUGGAGUUGACAGCAACAAUGAGUGUGAGGAUAAUACCCGGGAGAUUAUUCAGAGCAUAAUACAGGACAUGCUAAAUGUGGUAGUAGGAGGUGACGAGACUGUUCUCAAUGAAUGUACUACCAGGACAUCAGAAGAUGGGAGUGAUGGAGACGCCAUUCAUAUCAAUGGCAUACCUGGAACCCCAAUAUCUAUGGCAUACACCCCCUCCCUUCCAGAUGACAGAUUAUCCAUCUCCUCCAAUGACACUCAGGAAUCUGGAAAUACUUCAGGACCUACUCCUGGUGCUAAGUUCUCUCAUAUUUUACAAAAGGAUGCCUUCCUAGUCUUCAGGUCACUAUGUAAAUUAUCUAUGAAGCCGCUGUCUGAUGGGCCACCUGACCCAAAAUCCCAUGAGCUUCGUUCAAAGGUACUAUCACUCCAGUUGCUCUUGUCUAUACUGCAGAAUGCUGGCCCUGUCUUCAAGACCAAUGAGAUGUUUAUCAAUGCAAUCAAGCAGUACCUCUGUGUGGCGCUGUCAAAGAAUGGCGUUUCAUCCGUCCCUGAAGUCUUUGAACUUUCGCUCUCCAUUUUUUUGACACUGUUAUCAAAUUUCAAACUACAUCUGAAGAUGCAGAUUGAGGUUUUCUUCAAAGAAAUCUUCCUUUAUAUCCUGGAAACCUCAACUAGCUCAUUUGAUCACAAAUGGAUGGUUAUUCAGACAUUGACAAGAAUCUGUGCAGAUGCCCAAGGGGUGGUGGAUAUUUAUGUCAAUUACGACUGUGACUUGAAUGCAGCAAACAUCUUUGAAAGAUUGGUUAAUGAUCUCUCAAAGAUUGCUCAAGGAAGAGGCAAUCAAGAACUUGGCGUGUCAAAUGUUCAGGAAUUAAGUCUGAGAAAGAAAGGCUUGGAGUGCUUGGUGUCCAUUCUGAAAUGUAUGGUAGAGUGGAGUAAGGACCUUUAUGUGAAUCCAAACUCCCAGACAACCCUCGGACAGGAAAAACCUGUUGAGCAAGAGACAAAUGAGACCAAACACCUGGAGACCAUAAACCGAUACGGAAGCCUGAACUCUCUGGAUUCCACCACGUCUUCUGGCAUCGGCAGCUAUAGCACUCAGAUGUCCGGCACAGACAACCCUGAACAGUUUGAAGUUUUGAAACAGCAAAAAGAAAUAAUAGAACAAGGGAUAGAUUUAUUUAAUAAGAAGCCAAAAAGAGGAAUCCAGUAUUUACAAGAGCAGGGGAUGCUGGGAAAUACUCCAGAAGAUAUUGCUCAGUUCCUGCAUCAGGAGGAGAGAUUAGACUCUACUCAGGCGGGAGAGUUCCUCGGAGACAAUGAUAAGUUUAACAAAGAAGUAAUGUAUGCCUAUGUGGACCAACAUGACUUUUUGGGGAAGGACUUUGUGUCUGCUCUCCGGUUGUUCUUAGAAGGAUUCCGCCUUCCUGGUGAAGCCCAAAAAAUUGACCGUUUAAUGGAAAAGUUUGCUGCGCGAUACUUAGAGUGCAAUCAGGGACAAACCUUGUUUGCUAGUGCAGACACCGCUUAUGUUUUGGCAUAUUCCAUUAUCAUGUUAACAACCGAUCUUCACAGCCCUCAGGUGAAGAACAAAAUGACAAAAGAACAGUAUAUCAAAAUGAACAGAGGUAUUAAUGACAGCAAGGAUCUCCCUGAAGAGUAUCUCUCCGCUAUCUACAAUGAAAUUGCCGGGAAGAAAAUUUCCAUGAAGGAGACAAAGGAGCUAGCCAUCCCCACAAAAUCGUCCAAACCAAGUGUGGCUAGUGAGAAGCAGAGGAGGUUGUUGUACAACUUAGAGAUGGAGCAGAUGGCGAAGACAGCGAAGGCUCUGAUGGAGGCAGUAAGUCACGUCCAGGCCCCAUUCACCAGUGCCACUCAUCUGGAGCAUGUGAGGCCAAUGUUUAAGUUGGCCUGGACCCCGUUCCUUGCAGCGUUCAGUGUGGGGUUACAGGACUGUGAUGAUACAGAUGUCGCCUCUCUCUGUUUGGAGGGAAUUCGCUGUGCGAUAAGGAUUGCAUGUAUCUUCAGUAUCCAGCUUGAAAGAGAUGCCUAUGUCCAGGCUCUGGCGAGGUUUACAUUAUUAACUGUGAGUUCUGGAAUUACGGAGAUGAAACAGAAGAAUAUAGAUACCAUCAAAACUCUCAUCACCGUGGCUCACACAGAUGGAAACUACUUGGGAAGCUCUUGGCAUGAGAUUUUAAAGUGUAUCAGCCAACUGGAACUAGCACAAUUAAUAGGCACUGGCGUGAAACCUCGUUACAUCUCUGGGACAGUGAGGAAUAGAGAAGGGUCAUUUACUGGAACCAAAGAUCAAGCCUCAGAUGAGUUUCUAGGCCUAGUCGGAGGAAAUGUUGACUGGAAGCAGAUGGCCAGUAUACAGGAAUCCAUAGGUGAAACUAGCUCUCAAAGCGUUGUGGUGGCUGUGGACAGGAUAUUUACUGGAUCCACAAGGCUGGAUGGAAAUGCUAUAGUGGAUUUUGUGCGUUGGCUGUGUUCUGUAUCGAUGGAUGAGCUGGUGUCCCCCACCCACCCGCGUAUGUUUAGCUUACAGAAAAUUGUAGAGAUAUCCUACUACAACAUGGGCCGUAUCAGACUGCAGUGGUCUAGGAUAUGGGAGGUCAUCGGAGAUCAUUUUAAUAAGGUUGGUUGCAAUCCUAACGAGGAUGUUGCGAUCUUUGCUGUUGAUUCUUUAAGGCAGCUCUCUAUGAAAUUUUUAGAGAAAGGAGAGCUUGCAAAUUUCCGCUUCCAGAAAGACUUCUUACGGCCAUUUGAGCACAUAAUGAAAAGAAAUAGGUCGCCCACCAUUAGGGACAUGGUUGUUCGCUGCAUCGCACAGAUGGUGAAUUCCCAAGCUGCUAACAUUCGCUCAGGCUGGAAGAACAUCUUCUCGGUCUUUCACUUGGCUGCGUCAGACCAGGAUGAGAGUAUAGUGGAGCUGGCUUUUCAGACCACUGGGCACAUCGUCACCCUGGUGUUUGAGAAACACUUUCCUGCCACCAUUGAUUCCUUCCAGGAUGCAGUGAAAUGUCUGUCUGAGUUUGCAUGUAACGCAGCGUUCCCUGACACCAGCAUGGAAGCCAUACGUCUCAUCCGCCAUUGUGCUAAAUACGUAUCUGACAGGCCUCAGGCAUUCAAGGAGUACACAAGCGAUGAUAUGAAUGUAGCCCCUGAAGACCGUGUCUGGGUGAGGGGAUGGUUUCCCAUCCUGUUUGAGCUGUCCUGCAUCAUCAACAGAUGCAAAUUAGAUGUAAGAACCAGGGGUCUGACCGUCAUGUUUGAGGUAAUGAAGACAUAUGGACAUACGUUUGAGAAACACUGGUGGCAGGAUUUGUUCAGAAUUGUCUUCAGAAUCUUUGAUAACAUGAAACUUCCAGAACAGCAGACUGAGAAAGCUGAAUGGAUGACGACAACGUGCAAUCACGCCCUCUAUGCAAUAUGUGAUGUCUUCACGCAGUACUUUGAGGUACUCAGCGAUGUCUUACUGGAUGACAUAUUUUCUCAGCUCUACUGGUGUGUACAGCAAGACAAUGAACAGCUUGCUCGUUCUGGAACCAACUGCCUAGAAAAUGUGGUUAUUCUAAACGGAGAAAAAUUCACCCUGGAUAUCUGGGACAAAACCGGCAAUUGCAUGCUAAAUAUCUUCAAGACCACGAUUCCUCAUGCGCUACUGACGUGGAAACCUGCAGCUGGAGAUAUUGACUUAAGUGCUCAGUCUGAUAAACAGCUGGAUUCUGUAUCUCAGAAGUCUGUGGAUAUCCAUGAUACCAUCCAGCCACGGACAGUGGAUGGCAGGCGAAGUACCCAGCCUGGAAUAACAGUGGUCACCAAUGAGGAGUCUUACUCUGCAAGAUCCGCAGCGAAAGUUCCGGACCAGAAGCUGUUUGCUGCAUUGUUAAUUAAAUGUGUGGUUCAGCUGGAACUCAUCCAGACCAUCGACAACAUUGUGUUCUUCCCAGCAACCAGUAGAAAGGAGGAUGCGGAGAACCUGGCUGCAGCUCAGAGGGAUGCAGUGCACCUUGAUGUCCACGUCGACACUCAAGAUCAAGGCAUGUAUCGCUUCCUCACAUCACAGCAACUCUUCAAACUGCUGGACUGUCUGCUCGAGUCUCACAGAUUUGCAAAAGCUUUUAACUCCAAUAAUGAGCAGAGGACGGCUCUCUGGAAAGCAGGUUUCAAAGGUAAAUCAAAGCCGAAUCUCCUGAAACAGGAGACGAGCAGUCUGGCCUGUGGUUUGCGGAUCCUCUUCCGCAUGUACAUGGAUGAGAGUCGGAAGAGUGCUUGGGAUGAGGUCCAACAACGGUUACUGAAUGUUUGCAGUGAAGCUUUGAGCUAUUUUUUAACCCUUACAUCAGAAAGUCACAGAGAAGCCUGGACUAACCUUCUGCUACUAUUCCUGACCAAGGUCCUGAAGAUCAGUGAUGAGCGGUUUAAAGCUCACGCCUCCUUCUAUUAUCCCCUAUUGUGUGAAACCAUCCAGUUUGACUUAAUCCCAGAACUGCGUGCAAUUCUUAGAAGAUUUUUCCACCGAAUUGGGCUCGUUUUUAAAAUUUCUCUACCCCCAGAUCUGGACCCCCAGGACAGAUCAGGACAACACGCAGAGGCUACUGAAUUUCAGUCCUCUGAUCACAAGAGACAGACUCCUGCCUGUCGAGAUAACCUUUAAACAAGAACGGUUUUCUAUUCCGGUUUUAAUGGUACAGCUGCUUAGAAUGACACUGUCACUUCAUUACACUCCAGACUGUCUUGCAGUGGACACUGUCUCUUUGACGGGAUAAUUUCCCAGCCUCCAUUGCUGUAACAGCACAGCACAUCAUUGGAGGAAAGAGGACACAUGGAUUUAUCAUGCACAACGUAAUUUGAGUAAUCCAAGACCCCUGGGGUUAUAUGGCAAAAGUCAUAAUUAUCUCAUUCAUAUUUUGGAUUGAAGAAUUAACCUACGUUGUCCCUGAGAUGAACGAAAAAGAAAUCUGAUGUUUCUAAUUUAUGUUGCACUCCUUUUAUCUAUGAACUUCUGAACAUCUAGGGGGUAAAUAUGUACAGAUGUGCAGGUCUGUAAUAUAAGCCGUAAAACACUAUUUGCCGAUCUUCCUGCAAUAUUUGAUUUCCUCCUUUUUUUUUCGCUGAAUUUUUGCAGAUCCCAUUAUUAUAUCAUUUAUGGAAUGCACUAGAUUUUUUUGAGAUUUGAAAAAAAAAUAUUUUUUUAGUUUUCUUUAAUACUUUUAGCCCUGAUGUUACUGCUGCCGACUUUUCAAAGCAGAGGCUGAUGACGUCGCAUUUGAAUAAUCUGUAAAAUAAUUGUAGGGCUUUGAAUAAAAUUAAGAGCAAUUCCUCCAGUGACCUGGAACUUGAAUCCCUGUAGCAAGUCUAGGUUGUGUCUGCUGUUAUAAUUACGUUCCUUUGUUUGAUGUAGAUUUCACUGUACAGAAAUUUAAUGUUAAAUAUAUAAAAUUAACGAGCUUGGUUUGGCCUGUGGGAAAGUAAAAAAAAAAAAAAAAAAUAUUUGGGAACUAUAUCACUACUGUGAAUUGUGCUUCAAUGGUAACAAUACAAAGAAACAGAUUCAAGUGUUGAGCAUUCCUUAUUGCAGUGGAUGUAGAAUUUCUGGACAUAUAUAUAUAUGGUACAGACCUGUAAAGUUUUCUAUGUAAACUUCUGUACAACUUUCUGUACUAUAUUGGUUCUCAUCUGGCAUAAUCUAAUCAGGUUAUAGGUCAAUAAAGUUUUUGAAUUCUUUCAUCUUGCAAACCAA